AUGACAGAAACAUCCACAACCGCACUUGUCCUCCACGGCGCAAAGGACCUCCGCGUCGAGCAACGCACAAUCGCCGCACCAGCACCCAAUGAAGUCCAAGUCACAAUCCGCGCCACAGGCCUCUGCGGCUCAGACCUCCACUACUACAGCCACGGCCGCAACGGCGACUUCGUCGUAAAAGAGCCAAUGUGUCUCGGCCAUGAAUCCUCCGGCACAGUAACAGCAACAGGAAGCAGCGUCGCAACCCUCAAAGCCGGCGACAGAGUCGCGCUGGAAGUCGGCCUCCCCUGCCGGAAAUGCGCGCUGUGCAAACAAGGCCGCUACAACAUCUGCAAGGACAUGCGCUUCCGGAGCAGUGCAAAGACCUACCCCCAUCUCGACGGCACUCUCAUGGAUCGCACCAACCAUCCCGCGGACAUGUGCCACGCGCUCCCGGACUCCGUGAGCGAUGCCGCCGGCGCGCUGGUCGAGCCGCUCGCGGUCUGUCUGCAUGCCGUGCGGCGCUCGCACCCGCCCACGAAAGACGAAGUCGCGCUGAAUACUGCGGCUGGAGAGGAGACUGCGGCGUUGGUCUUUGGUGCUGGCGCUAUUGGGCUGUUGAUUGCGGGUGCGCUGGCUGCGAGUGAGAACUUUACUUCUAUUCUCGUGGCGGAUAUUGAUGAGCGUCGGCUGGACAUUGCGAAGAGUUUGGGGCUGGGUUUGAAGACUGCUUUGAUUCCUCGUGGGGAUCCGGCGAAUCCUCCUCCGGCUAAGGAUGCCCCGCAUGCUGAGCAGACGGCUUAUGCGCUGGCUACGGCGCAGUCGGUCGCUGCGGCUCUUGCUGCGGCUGCAUCUUCUGAGUCUGGGUUGAGCAUGCCCGGCUUUAGCCGUGUCUAUGAUUGCACUGGGGUUCCGGCUUGUGUCCAGGCUGGAAUCUAUGCCUCGGCUCCUGGUGGAGUGUUGGUUCAGAUUGGUAUGGGAAACCCGGUUCAGACUGUUCCUGUUGGCGCGGCGGCCUUGCGAGAGGUGGACAUUAUUGGUGUGUUUAGGUAUGAUGGGGCUGCGUAUCCGGCUGCUAUUUCUUUGCUUGCUAGUGGGAAGAUGAGGAGUGUUGAGGAGAAGGUUGUUACGCAUCGCGUGAAGCUUGAGGACGGGGCUAGGGCUUUCCAGCUUGCUGGCGCGGGUGUUGAUGAGGAAGGGAAACCGGUUGUUAAGGUUAUUAUUGAGAAUCCUGGGAGAGGUGCUUCGUUGUAA